AUGGAUGCCUUUAUCGAAUCUUACAACCCAUUUCCAUCAGUUUCACCAGAAAGUGUUCCAUUAGCACACUUUUUGACCUCAUCUCGUAGCAAAAGCUCAGUCUUGAAUGAGGCUGCUGAAUCCGAAGUGAUGUUGGCUUCACGAAACCCGAAGAAGAAGGCCGGGAGGAAGAAGUUUAGAGAGACUCGACACCCAGUUUACCGAGGAGUGAGAAUGAGGGAUAAUGGCAAGUGGGUUUGUGAAUUAAGAGAGCCGAACAAGAACAUGAGGGUGUGGCUGGGGACUCAUCCUACUGCUGUAAUGGCAGCAAGAGCACAUGACGUGGCGGCGUUUGCCUUCAGGGGACGACGGGCGUGUUUGAAUUUUGCUGAUUCUGUGUGGCGGCUGCCGGUCCCGAAGUCUAGCAGUAUAGUAGAUAUACAAAAGGCCGCUGCAGAAGCUGCGGAGGCUUUUAGAUACAUGGAGUCCGAGGAAGAGGUGGAGAUUGUUGAAACGAAGGAGUUACCGGAAAGUCUUUAUUACGUGGAUGAAGAAGAUAUUUUCGAGAUGCCGGAAUUUUUUGUCAGCAUGGCGGAGGGACUGAUGGUAGCGCCUCCGCAGACGGUGGGAUAUAGCAGUUAUGAGGAUGACGUCGAAUUUUUUGUUGACGAGUCUUUAUGGAGCUUCUAG